AUGGAUGAAAGUAAGGAGCCAGUCCCUGGUCAGCAAGCUGGUCAUAUCUCAAGUUCGUCAUGGGAUGUGUUGAACACCGGCUUCCAGAAGAUCGACGACAUCAUCAACCAACUUGCUAACAAGACAGGCUGUACACACAAGAACAUCAUCACGUUGUGGAAGCGCACCCACACACAUGAAUGUACAGGCUCAAUGUGGAAUAAAUACCAGAAAUACUUUCUAGCUAAUCAGGAGAAGGAAUGUAGAUGGAUUGGGGACUCAAGGGCAAAUUGCCAGACUUGCUGGGUUGGUUUUAAAGAACAUGAGCCCAGAUGGCAUGAGAUCCUUGAGGCCUACGACGAAGUCCUCGCCACAUCGAAUGUUUACUCAACCAUCAGUCAACGCACGCGAAAGUUUGACAGGCUGGUCAGUCAGCUCAAAAGGGUCACAAACAAAGCAGCCGAACAAGACAGCUUUGAAUCCCUCUUCGUUUUGGUGGGAAAUUCUAUCCAUGAGGACAUCGGUCUCUCUCAAGUUCACCUUUCGGCAGGUGCGGAGGAGUUCUUGCAGGAGCGGCUUCACAUGGAUCAUGACACAAUGAGUGGUCUAUUUAAGAACCACGUCUGCAACAGGAUUUCCCUGGGACUCCAAACAAGGCUCGAGACAGACCAGAAGAGCUCGGCAGAGGCAGUUAACACGACCAAUCCUAAGAAGCCUGGACCAGACAGGGACUCUUCCAACAGCGGCGACAACAACAACAACACAAGUAAAAGCUCUGGCCUCACCCUCAAAAAGGUGAAGGUGAUCAUCAAAACGGGCCUUCAAAACCUUCUGGAGCCAUAUGACCUCCGUCUUAGUUUCGAAUCUAUUCCUUGGUCAAAGCUGUCCACCACCCUCGCCCCUGCCAGUCUUAGGAUUGAAAAUUGGACCAGAGGAGUUGAUUUUCCGUGCUCAAUUGCGAAAGGCGCUACUGUAAUUUGUAAACGAAACACAAGCCAGGGAAUCAAAGACCUCAGCAUUGGUGCCAUCCGAAAUGCUACUCACGAGCAAAGUGCCCUUGUACAUGCACCGCCAGGUCCCAGCUCAGUGACGAAAGUCACUCGUCGUGGUUAUCUGGAUGGUCACAUCGAUCAGAUCAUGGACAGGUUGCAGGAAAAGCGCCCUCACAUCGCAAAACUUCCACCAGCACAUGAGAUCAUAGACAUCAAGUUGAGUCCACCAUCGGAUCGCCCGACUAUGGCACCUUGUCGAGUGCACCCCAAAAGCAAAAAGGAAAGAAGACCUGAUGGCAGCGAUGAUAGUGAUGACGAACCUGUGGUUCCACCAGUGAAAAGGCGACCCACCAAGAAGUCCAAGGAAAUCGUCUCAUCCAGUGACAUCAGCGAUGCCGAUGCCGAUGAUACUUUGGAGUCGACAGUGACUUCAAAGUCAGAGAAGGCCAAGAUGACAGCGAAGGCGCUCAAGGGAAAGGGUAAGGCUAUGGCGACUAAGACCACUGCCAUAGGCACUGCCUCUGGAUUGGGUGCUGCCCCAGCUGCCCCCAGUGACCAACUCAAACCGAUCUCUGCAUUCAGUGCAGUGUCUUGUGCUGUCGCUGCCAUGUCUAUGUCCAAACCAUCACCCCCCACUAUAAACCUGGCUGGUAGUGUGCGCAUCCAACCAUGCCCCAUCAAGCAUCAACCUCCAGCCAUCUCAGCUGCCAGAGACCCAUUCACCGUGAAAGAGGCCAGAGCUUCUGGAAAUCCUAAGGGCGUGUCCAUGCAACCUGUCGCUCCCUCAAUGUCGACAAUCCACAAGUCUACGACAACGUCCAAACAGUCAGCAUUUGGACCCAUUCAUAUCUUCAGCGAUCCAGCCCUCUCCCUGUCCAAGUCUGCUUCGAAAUGCUCAGUGGAUACUGAAAGGUCGCAAGCAGUAAUCAGCAAGAAACCUUGCACCAAUGUCAACAGACCGAUGAGUUCAGUGCUUGCGAUGGCAGAUAAACCGUUGGAGGAACCAAUCGUCAUCCCAAAACCCACUUCUUCUGUGGAGGACACACCGGUGCCUGGAGCGAUGUCCAUGCCUACUCCACCCCCGACACAAGGGGCCAGGGUCAAUCCUACACAGGGAUACCAGUGGCCAUAUGGCUUCUUUCCUCCGUUCAGUUUUCCGCCAGGGUACCCGGCCCCACCCCCUGGUUGGACCUUUCCAGGGAUGCCGCCUUGGAACCCUGACCGUCCCACAGGUAGUGCUUCUGACUCAGCAGCACCAGUUCCGCCAUAUCCGCCUCACCUGUACUUCCCUCAAGGCGCCUUCCCUACCCCUUCAGCAAAGCCAGCUGAAGGGGAGCCUGGACCCUCUCGCCUGACAUGA